CAUCCCCCGGGCAGGGACCGGUGACCUUGGCGAGCGCGGCCGCUGCCACGGCGAGUCCCCAGCGGCUCGGUGCUCUCCAGCCCCUCUGGAGCUGAAGAUGGACGUGAAGAGGGUGAAGGACUACCUGUACUGGCUGUACUACCAGUACCAGCUGGUGACGUGCAGCUACGUGCUGGAGCCCUGGGAGCAGUCCAUGUUCCACACCAUCACCGUCACCGUGCUGGCCAUGGUGGUGUACACUGCCUACGUCUUCGUACCCAUCCACGUCCGCCUGGCCUUGGAAUUCUUCUCCCAGAUUUUCGGGCCCCAGCCUGAGAGCGGGGUGCUGAACUGAGCCGGCGCCAGCAGGGCCCGGCAGCUCUCACAGCUUUGUGAAAUCGCAUUUGUGCUCCAGUUUGGCUCUUAGGAAAACCCUGCUUGCUUCACCUCCGGGGCUGGAGAGCAGAGCGAGGCACCGAGCACAGCCCCCCUCCCAUGAACACUCUGGGAAUGGGACACAGCCACUGGAAUGGCACAGGAUCCAAGGAUCCCAGCAGCUCCCACUCCCAGCAGCCUCAUCCAACCACUCUGGUGAGACUUUUGGUGGCUCAUCACACCCAAAGUUCUACCAACACAGUCCCGUGGGCAGGCUAGAGGAGACAGAAAACGAGGAUAUCCCGCAGGAUUGGAGUGCUCGUGUCUGGCUGGUUACUGAUUCCAGGCUUUCAUGGAUGGAAGAGAAAGCAACAGGAGGAUUAACUUAAAUCCAGCUUUUUUCACAUCCAAGUUUCUGCAUCAGAUGGUCUAAAAUAUUUUCUUUUUGAAAAAAAAUUCUCCACCUCAUCUUGCAGUUUAGUGAGGAUGACAGGAAGAAGCAGCCCUGCUCUGUCUCGGUGCCCUCCUGCCUUCUCUGAUGAAAAUCAAAAUGUUUUCUUGCUGCUCCCACUCACCAGCACCAGGGGAAGAGGAUCCAGAGUGGAAAUAAUAUUUUAAUACCUGCAGGGAAGGCUUAAAGAGAUCUCCUUUACAAAGAAGAAAUUAGAUUUAUUACCAUUGCCCGUGGGGAGGUUUUGGAACAAUGGGAGGUUUGUUCUGUUUUCAUUCUACACAAAUCAAACCUGGAUGCCAAAUCAUAAAUUACAGCUGCACACUGCACGUCUCUACCAGCUGAUGCUCCUGUUAGUAGAAGUGAGAGGUGCAAAAUGUAAAUAGCUUUCAAAUGAUGUUUGCACAGUUCUAGAUUAAAAAAAAACAAAAAAAAAACCCCUCUUAACUUCUUUCUCAAGCUG